AUGAGUAGAGUAAUCAGUGUCCCUCCCUUCACCUUCAUUCAUAUUCUGAACAAUAAUACCAAUAUCUCACAGAUUGAGAUUGGUCCCAAGAAUUUUGCUCUGCAGACCAAUGAAGUUUUAAUAACAGAACCAUGUCCAAUGGUGAAAGUUCCACCUGGACAUUAUUGUAUCAUCCUGAAUCCAAUGAGGUAUAUUCAAGUUAUUCAGAUCAUGGAAAUAAGUAAAUAUGAAGCUGGGAAGUUCUGUGAAUUGAAAAUGGGUCAGUCAGAAGUUAGACUGAAUGGGGAACCAUUUCCACUGUAUCCAGGUGAAUCUCUGUAUGGUGCUGAGAAUUUUGGUAAAACAUCCAAAGAUUAUUCCAGUGCUAUCAAGCCUCUACCAGUAAUUCCUGCUAAUCAUGCGUUGUCUGUGACAGCCCUGGUAGACCAUGAUGAUGGAGGUGUGGUCCGUCGUGCUGGAGAUAUGUGGCAUAUUGAAGGACCCAUCACCUAUAUACCUACAGUCGAGGCAGAAAUAAAUAAAAUAGUUGAACCAGUUGUUAUUAAAAUGGAUCAAGUUUUAAGACUAUCUGCUAAACAAGACUGUAUUGAUAGUAGUGGCAGGAGGAGAGUUACAGGAGAAGAAUGGUACAUCACAGAACAAGGCGCCUACCUACAAGGAGUUCAUGAAAACUUCCUUGGACUGGAGGAAAAAAUAACCCUAACCCCCGACACUGGCUAUCAUCUUGGUGCCACAGAAAGACUCACAGACUUUAUGGGAAAACACAGAUUACCUGGUGAAGCAUGGUUAGUAACUGGUGAACAAACAGAUCUGAUAAUACCUCAGAUUGAACAAUCACUGGUUCUGUACAGAUUGUCUAUAACUGAAAUAUUUCAAGUUAACAAGAGAGAUGCUUGUUUGCUUACCUAUAUUAUUAUUGUUCCAGGAGAGAAACUAGAGAGUGGAAUACAGAAUACGAGAAUAUUAUCAGCUGAUGAAACUCUAGUACUACAGGCAAUAGAGGACUUUACAGAUGAUCUGGAGGAAGUUGUGUUUUCAGAGGAAGUAAUAAGAAAGGCUGGAGAUAGAUGGAUGAUAACGGGACCAUUAGAAUAUAUUCCACCGAUACACGUUAAAAUACUGUCACAGAGAGUGGCAGUACCGUUAAGUAAGAAUGAAGGUAUUUAUAUACAGAAUAUUAGAACUGGUGAAGUAAGGUCUGUGAUGGGACAGUGUUCCUAUAUGUUACAAGAAUGGGAGGAACUCUGGGCUAAAAUACUUUCAGAUGAUGUUGAGGAAUUGUUAAGCGGAUCUGGUGAGAUUCGUAAAUUAGCUUAUUACGAACAGUCCAUAGAUCCUAAAAUAUUACAGGGAAGAAAUAAAACAAGAGUUGUUACAUAUCGUUGCCCUGGUAAUACUGCUGUACAGGUUUAUAACUAUCAGAAGAAGACAGCUAGAGUUAUAUUUGGACCAGAUUUAGUUAUUCUUGGCCCUCAUGAAAACUUCAAUGUCCUGUCUUUAAGUGCUGGUAAACCUAAAGUACCAAAUGCAUUAAAGUCAUUAUGUCUGCUGUUAGGUCCUGAUUUUAUUACAGACAUUAUAGAGGUUGAAACUUCAGAUCAUGCCAGAUUACAAAUAAAAAUAGCUUUUAAUAAUUAUUUUGAGAUUGAUUCUGAACAUGAAGAGAAAAUAUUUGCUGUUCCUGAUUUUAUUGGUUUUGCUUGUAACCAAAUAGGAGGGAAAAUAAGAGGCGCUAUAGCACAAGUUCCAUUUGAUAAAUUUCAUCGUAAUUCUCUGCAAGUUAUACAGUAUGCUGUUUUUGGUGUUAAUAGUUCUAAAUUACAAUUUGACGUCAAUAAUCUGGUAAUAACAAGUUUAGAUGUUCAAUCUAUUGAACCUGUUGAUAGAAAGAUGAGAGAUUCACUGAGUAAAUCAGUUCAAAUGGCUAUAGAAAUAUCUACUAGUUCUGUGGAGGCAGCAGCAUCACACGAAGCUCAACGAAACGAACAAAUCGCUAAGGGCAACCUAGAACGUCAGAAACUGGCUAAUGAACGUAACUCAGAAAGGGAGAGAACAAAGUUAUUAGAAUUAUGUGCAAUGACAGCAGCUGUUGAAUCAACUGGGCAGGCGAAAGCUGAAGCCCAGGCCAACGCUGAGAAAACUCUGAUAGAAUGUCACAGUGAAAUUGAAGCUGCUAAAUUAAAAGCGGAGGCAAUGACAAUAGAACAUAAUGCAAAACUUCUAUCUCAAAUACAGAUGAGAAGAUAUGAAAUAGAUUAUUUAAGGAAAGAAAAUGAACUGGAAUUAAACAGAACUAAGAGAAUGGCAGCCAUUGAGAUCAAUAACUUUGAAAAUAAAGUAAAUGCUCUGGGAGUAGAAACAUUAAAGGCCAUGGCACGAGCUGGACCAGAAACCAAGAUUAAACUGCUACAGAGUGUUGGUUUAGAGAGUAUGUUGGUAACCGAUGGCAACAAUCCCAUCAACCUCUUCAAUACCAGUAAUGGAUUGAUUGGUGCCAGUCAAACGAGUUAA